AUGCUUGCCCUAUCUCUGCUCGGCCUUUUGGCCCUCUCUACCCCUGCAGUCGCGGGCGAUGUCUUUGUGCACUACAUGGGACAGGGUCUCAAGGCUGAAAGCGCUGCUGGCGAUGUAGCAAAGGCUGUUGCGAUGGGCGUGGACGCGUUUGCCCUCAACAUCGGCCAGCCGGAUCCGACGUGGUCUGUCGAAUCGACCCAGCGGCUCUUCAACGCCACCAAGGGCACCAAGCUCAAGAUCUUCUUCAGUCUGGACCUCUAUGCCACCAACGAUCCAGAGCGCUUCCGCAAGACAAUAAACACCUACAUCAAGCACCCCAACUACUACACCGCAGGCCCCAGCAACCUCCCCAUGCUUAGUACAUUCAGCAAUGGCAAUGGCUGGACAGCCACCUCCUGGAACAAAUUCCGCGACUCGCUCGAUUCCAAGACCUAUUUCGUGCCCAUGUUUGAUCAGCUGCCCAACUACUACACAAACCCUGAUGCGUUCUGGUCAUCGUGGAAGACCGGCGUAGAUGGGGUGUUCACAUGGGAGCAGGCCUGGCCCGGCCGUUCCAACACACACCAGAACGUCAGCACCGACUUGGACGCCAGCCUGAUGCGCAAGGCGCACAGCAACAGCAAGGCGUACAUGACGGGCCUCUCCACGUUCCAGUACAAGCACUGGGACGGCAGCCACUGGUACCGCUCCGGCGAUGUCGUCAUGCCCGAGAAGAUGACGCAGCUGCUUGCCUUGUCCAACACGGCUGGCAGCAGGCCCGACUUUAUCCAGAUUCAGAGCUGGAACGAUGCGGGCGAGGGCCACUACAUCGGCCCACUGCGCCACGAAGGUCUCGACGAGAAGCAGCUUGUGUAUGCCAACCAGAACGACCACCCACACGAGGGCUGGCAGCCAUUGUUUGCCAGCUUCAUCGCCGCGUGGAAGGCCAACGCCAAGGACGCUUCGCAGAUGCGCACUCCCGCUGGCUCUCGCACGUUUGUCGUGGGCGCCAUGUGGCAUCGCGAGUUCCUGGCGACAUCAUCCUGCGCGGGUACUGAUGGGCGGCCCGAGGGUGCUGGUGCCGCGGUAGACACGAUCAACUGGGCUGUUGUGCUCAACGACGGUGUCGCAGGGACAUAUUACGUGCAGGUCUGGAGUGGCGGCUCGCUCAUUUCCAAGGAGAAGCUCCUGCCUGGGCUCAACUACCGCGCUGUCCGGGGCAUCAAGACGGGCGAGCAGCAUGUGCAGGUUGUCGAUGCAGCGGGAAAGCCCAUUAUUGAAGGGGGCAAGCAGACGAAAGGCAUCUUGGCAAACCCUACAGGCAACAUCUGCACAUACAACUACCAGGUUGCCGGCCUGGUCUGA